ACACCCGACAGCUCCGUCUCCUUCUCUCCAUCUCCCCUUUCAAGGCCCUUGAACUGACUCUGGGACCUCCACGUGAGGAGGGGUUGCACCGGCAAAGAUGGGGAACAGCACAAGCAGCGCCUUGUCCAAAGAAAUCCUGGAGGACUUGAAGCUGAGCACCAAGUUCACGGAGAGCGAGAUCGGCCAGUGGUACGAGAACUUCCAGAAGCAGUGCCCUGGCGGACGCAUCACGCCCGAGGAGUUCGAGCAGAUCUACGCCCGCUUCUUCCCCGACAGCGACGCCAAGAGCUACGCCCGCCACGUCUUCCGCUCCUUCGACACCAACGAUGACGGCACGCUGGACUUCAAGGAGUACAUCAUCGCCCUCCACAUGACCUCCAGCGGCAAGACCACCAGGAAGCUGGAGUGGGCCUUCUCGCUCUUCGACGUGGACAAGAACGGGUACAUCAACAAGACCGAAGUGACGGAAAUCUGCCAGGCCAUCUUCAAGCUGAUCCCCAAGGAGGAGCAGAGCAAAUUAGCUGAGGAUGAAAACACUCCUGAGAAGAGAGCCGAUAAACUCUGGUCCUUCUUUGACAAGAAAGACAACGAAAGACUGGCUGAAGGAGAAUUCAUCACAGGAGUUAUUGAGAAUGAAAAUGCAAUGCGACUCAUCCACUACGGACCACUCAAACAAUAAUCAUCCACUACGGACCACUCAAACAAUAAUCAUCCACUAUGGACCACUCAAACAAUAAUCAUCCACUACGGACCACUCAAACAAUAUAAAAUCCACUAUGGACCACUCAAACAAUAAUCAUCCACUAUGGACCACUCAAACAAUAAUCAUCCACUA